AUGAAUAAGACUCAAGUCGAUCAGUAUUUAAGUCUGGUCUCCACUCAGAUCACUGACAUCACCUCUAAAAUCCGAGGCGCGAUUCCUCAUAAUAAUUAUGGACUCACUCUCAUCAUACUGUCCUAUUUGGCACUCUUCUCAUUGCCCAAAGUCUAUGAGAUGAAUAAGACUCAAGUCGAUCAGUAUUUAAGUCUGGUCUCCACUCAGAUCACUGACAUCACCUCCAAAAUCCGAGGCGCGAUUCCGUUUCCAGCGAAAAAAGAUAAGGAUAACUAA